CAGAGAUAUAUAGAAGAGAGAGAGACACAUAAUCGUAUUCGUAGGAAUUGGGAUAUAGAAAGAAGAGAGAGAAAUACAAAGGUAGUUUGAAGAAAAAUAAACGAACCCUAGAGACCAGGAAAGAGAAAGAGAAAAACUUUGCUUGGAUUUCAAGCCCCCCCUUUUAGCAUUGCAUUUUUGGGAUCUCGAAUCUUCAGUCACCAAAGGUGUUGGUUCUGCUUCUAUGGCAAAUUCAAAAGGCUCAUCGAAUUAUAGGAAUUUGAUGUAUCCUGGAAAACAUGCCCUGCUUCCUCCUAAAAUCCCAUUUCCUAGUGCUUCUCAAGCAUAUGCUGAUUAUAUCCCAAAUCUUGCGGUUGGUUCUGGUCAGAAACCUAGAGAAGGAAACAUACAGCACCAUCGUACUUCAUCUGAGAGUCUUGUCAUAGAGGAGCAACCUUCAUGGCUUGAUGAUCUCCUUAAUGAGCCAGAGACACCAGUUCGAAGAGGCGUCCAUCGGCGCUCAUCGAGUGAUUCUUUUGCAUACGUAGACACACACAAUAUGUCUAACAUCACUUAUGGAGAUCAGGAUGAAUAUAAAUAUAAGAACUUAUUAUCUUUCCCAUCUUGGUCAUCUCAAGACUUUGAUCAUAACAAAGAUGCUCAUCAUAUACUCAUGCAUGCUGAGAUGAAUUCAGCAAAACAGAACAUUAGAUCAUGGGACUCAUUUUCAAAUAUUACAAAUCAUCCAGCUGGUGUUCUCUCUGGCAAAGACAGUGUUGCUUUCCAGGGUUCGGGAUCACUAUGCCCCCCACCACAUGAAGCAGAGGGGCUUCCGUCAACUGCUAAUGAAAACCAUGAUGCAGCGGAAUCUGGCAUACAGGAUUCAAAAUCAUCUUCUGAGAAAAAGGAUGGUUCACAUGCAAAGUCGUCUGCUUCUGAAACAGAUACAAAACGUGCCAAACAGCAAUUUGCUCAGCGUUCACGGGUUCGUAAACUUCAAUAUAUAGCUGAGCUGGAAAGAAAUGUACAAGCUCUACAGGCAGAAGGGUGUGAAAUAUCAGCUGAACUGGAAUUUCUCAACCAGCAGAAUCUUAUACUGAGUAUGGAGAAUAAAGCACUCAAGCAUCGUUUAGAAAGUACAGCGCAGGAGCAGCUUAUCAAAUACUUGGAGCAGGAAGUGCUGGAAAGAGAGAUUGGAAGAUUACGCGCACUGUAUCAGCAGCAGCAACAGCUCUCACACCAGCCACAACAACAACCGUCUGCUAGUCACAGACGCACCAACAGCAGAGACCUUGAGUCUCAGUUUACAAACCUUUCUCUCAAACACAAGGACAGCGGCUCAGGGCAUGACCCUGCAACUGGUGUGCUUAGAAUUUAAAUUUGCAGUGGCUGCAGCUUUGUUCUGUUUUGCCUAGAUUCAAAAGGUGUUGCACACAUGCAACAGAAUCAUCCCCUUAUUGGUGCGGGAUUGUGCAGAGAUUUUACACAGCAUAUGCCUUCUCUCUGCCCGCUUUGCAGAUUUAAGUUCUCUUGGUCUUCCCUUUUUCUCGCUUGUUUAAAUUAUUCCCAUUUAAUCUGUGCCUAGUGGUCAUCACCAAAAUCUUAGUUUCGGUCAGGUUUACACCUGCCAGAGGUGGUAACGCAACAGUUUCAAAUCUAUCACCUUCACUAUAUUUUCAGUGAUAAUUGUGUAACUGUAUGCUCCCCUCUUAUAAAAUCUCCACUGCUGUGGAAUUUAGCCUAGUGCAAAUAGCAAAUAGCUGAUAUCUCCUUGCUGUUUGAUUGUGCAUUAUUUGUAUGGAUUAUGUUAAGCUAAUGUUGUGUAAUAUGAUCUUAUUGAUAUUUAUGAUUUUUCAACA